AUGUUGUGGAUGACAUUCACAUGUGAAGUCCCUCAUCUAGCUUGUCUUUGUCAAUUCUCCUUUCAUGUGUGUCCAGUCAACACCUUAUGGCCCGUGCUGAUGGGUGCAAAGGCUGUGCUCUGCUGCCCUGCUAGCCCAUUGACAAAUGUGUUGGUAAUCACAUGGAAAAUAACCCUGAGACACAGGCCCACCUGCACAAUGUCCUACAAGAAUGAAACAAAUGAGACCACAACAACCAAUUGUGCUGAUGAGAGAAUAACCUGGGCCUCCAGACCUGACCAGGAUCCUACACUUCAGAUUGACCCAGUGGCCCUCAGUCAUGAUGGGAACUACAGCUGUCAAAUGGCUACUGUUGUUGGGUAUCUUGAGCAUACAUAUCACCUCCAAGUGUUAGUUCCACCCAAAGUGAUCCUGUAUGUCCACAAGAACAGAACCGCCGAGUGCAAGGCUGUUGCAGGGAAGCCGGCCGCGAACGUGUCUUGGUUCCCACCAGGGGACUGUCUCACUGGGCAAGACUCCUGGGCCAAUGGCACAGUGACGGUCUGGAGCACAUGCAACUGGCCGGACAGUAAUGUUACUAUUGUGAAGUGCUCUGUCUCACAUUCUACUGGUGAAAAAAGUCUGUCCAGAAAACUGCUUCCUGGUUUCAGAACGUUGGGCUCUUCAGUGUCAUCUUUACUGAUCAUUCUCUAUGUAAAACUCUCCCUCUUCCUGGUUGUUCUGUUCCUCGUGGGAUUCAUUUUCUUCAAAACUACAGGAGAUUACAGGAACGUGCUUGAAAGAUACAGGAAGGAUAUUCUUGAUCUCUUGCACAGCAGCACCAACCUGUGCCACUGGUGACAUUGAGGAUACGAGGCACUCACUUGGAAAGAAGCAAAGAUGGAAGAAACUCAGAUGAACCCGGCUUAGCUGCCUAAUGACCUCUUGUGUGUGAGAGAAUACACUGUUUUGUUCAACCCCUGUUGUUCUGAGGCUUAUUCUACCUACAGCUGAACUUUUUCCUAAUCAAUACAAAUGCCUAGUUUGUAAAAAAGUUUUAGGAGCAGAAAAUUAAAAAAAAAACUAAAAAAAUAAAAAUUAUAAACAGAAACUGUUCAGAAAAUUUCCUGUUAGUAUUGCAACAAUAUAUUAUUCUCUACUCAUGUACAUGCUCAUGGCUUGCUUGUUUCUACCUUAAAAGUAAUGGGACGGAGAUAACUUCAGAAAAUGGAAAUC